AUGUCAUCAUCUGAAGCCGUCACCAGAGAAUACACCAUCAAUCUCCACAAGAGACUCUACGGAACUACCUUCAAGGAUAGAGCCCCAAAAGCUGUCAAACAAGUCAAGCUCUUUGCUCAAAAGAUCAUGGGUACCAAAGAUGUCCGUAUUGAUAACAAAUUAAACAAAUUCUUAUGGAGCCAAGGUAUCAAGAACGUUCCACACAGAGUCCGUGUCACCCUCUCAAGAAAGAGAAACGAAGAUGAAAACGCAACUGAAAAAUUAUACACUGUUGCUUCAUUAGUCAUCGUCAAGAGCUUCAAAGGUCUCCAAACCAAAAAAGUUGCUGACAACUAA